CCUCGCUCCCUCUAACACAAGACUCAUCGCCUGCUUUGCAUCCAAAUUAUUUUUAUAUUGCCUUUAACAACUAAUAGUACCUACUUCGUUUUUUACACUCCGCAACAACAAUGAUCUUUCUUUUGCCACCCUAAGCGCAAACUGACCAAAAGGGGACUGCCUUGAUGGGAUCUUUAGCUAAAUCAUCUCAAUACUGGAUUAAAAAGCGAGGAUCACAAACCGGCAGCGAGAAAUUGCCUGGAUGCGAUGAAUGCCUCAUGUAGGCAUCAGCAUGGACAGCUGUGAGUCUCCCGUGGUUUCUGGGACAGACGAUGGGCUCGGCUCCUCCCAGCAGCAGCAACCACCUCAGCCCUGGAACGAUCACACUAGCUCACAGGUCACCUGCACCAACCAGGCACCUUCCCUGGACCCUCUGUCUCUCUCUGGUCCCUACCCCUCUCAAUCCCAAAACUCUAUUGCACCUCAUGACAGGGUAAGAGAACUACAGUCUCAGCAGCAGCAGCCAAAACAGACAUCACCCCAGACCCACCGUGAUAGCUCUGCCACAGGUCGGCUGCAUCCCAGAGGAGAGGGUCUUGACGAAGAAGAACAAGAGGGAGUGAGCUGUGGAGAAGAGGAAGAAUCUGAGGACUUAGAUGAAAUGGAGAUUGACAGCUGUUUCCCAAGUCUUCAACCCUUUCCUGGGAUGCCAAUAGCUUCAGGGGGAGGUGGUAUGCCCACUCUUCUGCGACAUCAGCCCACACAACAGCAGGGACCACCAGAGAGUGGGAGUGAGGAAGGGGAGGAGGAAGAGGAAGAGGAGAGCAGUGAUGUGGAGAACCUGGCUGGAGAGAUAGUCUACCAGCCAGAUGGCUCAGCCUACAUCGUGGAGAGCCUCAGUCAGUUGAUCCAAAGUAGUGGAGGCAUGGUACCCAGCCUGCUUCCUACAAACUCUCUCUCAAGUGGGGGGAAACCAGGGGAACCUGCUGGGACUUCGUCCUCAGUUUACCCACAGAUUAUCAACACGUUCCACAUAGCCUCGUCCUUUGGAAAGUGGUUUGGCAAUUCAGAUCAAGGUUUCCCCAAUACCUCAACAAUGGCAGGCCUUAGCCCUGUCCUGCACAGUUUCCGUGUCUUCGAUGUGCGGCACAAAAGCAACAAGGAUUACCUGAACAGUGAUGGGUCUGCCAAGAAGUCCUGUGUAUCCAAAGAUGUUCCCAACAAUGUGGAUUUCUCCAAAUUUGAUGGGCUAGCCCUAUAUGGCAAGGGUAAACCCAUUCUCAUGUGUUUUCUCUGCAAGCUGUCCUUCGGCUAUGCCCGUUCCUUUGCCACUCAUGCUGUCCAUGAUCACCGCAUGACACUGUGUGAAGAUGAGCGGCGGCUGUUGGGAGAUAAGCAUGCGUCUGCCAUUAUCCAGGGCAUUGGGAAGGACAAAGAGCCCCUCAUAAGUUUCCUGGAACCAAAAAAUAAGAGCACUCCUCUGCCAUCUACCCUGCUCCCUCUUAACUCUGGACAGAGCUUCUAUGGUACAUUUAGUGGUGUCCAUCUGGAGCCUGGAAGCAGCAGUGGGGGCAGCGAGACCCUCCUGAACAAAGACUCUGACUCUGGCCUCCAGCAACAGCAGCAGCAACAAACCCCAUUAGGCUCAGUCCUGUCUCUUGGAGGGCUGAGCAUUCCCAAAGCGUCCACUCUUACCUCAUCCCCAGGCUCUGCCAAAGACUCCAGUGCCCUGCCCAAACAGGGAGGGAGAACAGAGGAGCCUGCUGGGAAAGAGUUGGCUUGCAAGGGAGAAGAUGGGAACACUAAGGGACAUGAAAGCAAGGCACACUUAUCCAGCCAGACUGGGGGCUCUGAGGAGGACGAGGAACUGUUAUUAGGGGAAGAGGAAGAUGAGGUGGAGGCAGAAAGCACUGCAAUGGCCUGUGGUGGUAACAGUAGCAGCGGUGGGGGUGAAGCGGGGGAACCAGCUGUCUCAAACCAAAGCAUUUCCAAAUCUCCUUUAUUAAUGCCUAGUAGCACUCUCCAGCCUUCUCCCUGCACCUCUGCAGUCAGUUCCACACAUAACAGCAAAGCCCUUGCUUCCAUUUCCUCCUCUGUUAAGGAAGAGGGUUCGGCUGCAGAUAGUGGGGGGAGGACCUCAGAGCUCCCUCUGAGCUUUAACUGCCAGGGACCUGCUGUUCCCAUGGCACUGGCGACAGCUGCCGUCAGAAGGAGCGAGGAUGACACUUCUGGCACUUCCUCCUCGCCUCUGUCCACCAAUGCUGCUGCUGAUGAAAGUGCCAAUCGAGAUAGUGCCACAGCUCCAGAACCAAAUGAUUGCCCUGCAGAGGGAGAGGAGGAAAAUGGAGCCCUUCUGCAUCAUCACCACGUGCACCACCAUCAUCAUCACCUCCACUCUUCAUCUCAUGGCCACUUGCACCCCCUCCCGGGGGGGUCCUGUGACAUAACAGGUAUGGGUGAGUGUUCACAGAACCAUGGGCCCAGUGGCAGUGGAGGUAGUGGGGUAGAAUGCCCUAAAUGUGACACUGUUCUGGGUUCCUCACGUUCCUUGGGUGGUCACAUGACCAUGAUGCAUUCACGCAACUCAUGCAAGACACUUAAGUGUCCCAAAUGCAACUGGCAUUACAAGUACCAGCAGACUCUGGAGGCCCACAUGAAAGAGAAGCACCCGGACUCAGGAGGCUCUUGUGUAUACUGCAGCAGUGGCCAGAGUCACCCUCGUCUGGCUCGUGGAGAAAGCUAUACCUGUGGAUACAAGCCUUUCCGGUGUGAGGUGUGUAACUACUCCACCACCACAAAGGGCAACUUAAGCAUCCACAUGCAGUCAGACAAGCACCUGAACAAUAUGCAGACACUACAGAAUGGAGGCUCCAUUGGUUCUGCGCAGGACCAGGUGUUUGGACAUAACCCAGGAGGAGUGGUGGCUGUCCCGUCAGUCACCCAGGCCAGUAGCCAUCACCCUCCCCAUCACCAUCCUUCACAAUCCUCCACCCAUAUGUCCGGACCUUGUGGAGUCCCCUCCCCAACCAAGCCGAAGAGCAAACCUUCUUGGCGGUGUGAGGUGUGUGACUAUGAGACCAAUGUUGCACGGAACCUUCGUAUUCACAUGACCAGUGAAAAGCACAUGCACAACAUGAUGCUACUCCAGCAGAAUGUGACUCAGAUGCAGCAUGGACGACUUGGCUUGGGUGCUAUGCCUUCACCCUCUGAAGCUGAGCUCUACCAGUAUUACCUGACCCAAAAUAUGAGCCUUCCACCAAGCCUCAAGAUAGACCCAGCUGGAGCUGAGGCCCAGUUCUUGAUGGGGAGCUUUCACCUGGAUCCAAACAUGGCUGCCCUCGCCCCUGCACUUGUAGGUGGGGAAAUCCCUAUGGAUGUGCGGCUGGGUGGUGGGCAGCUGGUGUCUGAAGAACUGAUGACCCUGGGAGAAAGUUUGUCGCAAACUACAGAUCCCUCUCUCAAGCUCUUUCAGUGCGCUGUGUGCAACCGCUUCACCACUGACAACCUGGAUGUGCUUGGCAUGCAUAUGGGAGCUGAACGCAGUCUACCGGAGGAGGAGUGGCGUGCUGUCGUCGGGGACUCGCAUCAGUGCAAGUUGUGCCACUACACUACUCAGCUCAAGGCCAACUUCCAGUUGCACUGCAAAACAGACAAGCACGUACAAAAGUACCAGCUUGUGGCCCACAUCAAAGAAGGGGGCAAAGGCAACGAAUGGCGCCUGAAAUGUGUGGCCAUAGGCAAUCCGGUGCACCUUAAGUGCAACGCCUGCGACUACUACACUAACAGCCUGGAGAAGCUGAGGAUGCACACUGUCAAUUCCCGCCAUGAGGCUAGCCUUAAACUGUACAAGCACCUGCAGCAGCACGAAAACGCGGUGGAGGGUGAUGCCUGCUACUAUCAUUGCGUGCUUUGCAACUACUCGACCAAGGCCAAGCUCAACCUGAUCCAGCAUGUACGGUCUAUGAAGCACCAACGCAGUGAGAGCCUCAGGAAGCUUCAGCGCUUGCAGAAGGGCCUGCCGGAGGAGGAGGAUGACCUCAGCUCCAUCUUUACCAUUCGCAAAUGCCCUUCUUCAGAUACAGGAGAGCUGAGCGAGGAUGUGGAGGCUGCUAGCGAGACCACCACAGACCAGGAGGACCAAACCAAAGACAGAGAAAGUGGGGGGGAGAAGGAGCUCACCAAAGGGACAGCUUUGUCCAGCCACUUGGAACGGCACCAGUCAGGUUCCCCAAUUCCUUCCAAAAGGCCCUCUUCGCGGUCCGAGACCUCAGAUAGCCCACUCUCCUCGAAGAGACCCAGGACAGCUGAGAAGGGUGCUGCGGAGCAGAUGUACCAGUGUCCCUACUGCAAGUUUACCAACACGGAUCUGAAUCGCCUCAGAAUGCACGUGAUGACACAGCACUCUGUCCAGCCCAUGUUACGUUGCCCGUUAUGCCAGGACAUGCUCAACAACAAGAUCCACCUGCAGUUUCACCUCACACAUCUCCACAGUGUGGCACCCGACUGCGUUGAUAAGCUCAUUGCCACAGUGACGACAACUGAAGCACUACCAGCAAGCAUGUUCAUACCUGUACCGAGUCCAGACAGAGAGUCACAGAGCGCCCCUCAUGCUACAGCCAACUCUAACUCUGAAGAGACAAAGAAGCAAGCUGAUGCGUCAGAUGCCGAUCCAGAAAAAGGGGCGUCACUCCCUCCUGAAAUAGCUGAAGCUCGCAAGUCGCCUGCGGAAGAUCAGCAAUCAGAACGUGAGGAUGCCACAGGAUUCCUGUGCUGGAAGAAAGGCUGUAAUCAAGUGUUCAAAACGUCCAACUCCCUACAAAUGCACUUCAAUGAGGUUCACAACAAAAGGCACCAGCUGCCUGUUUCAGAUCGCCAUGUCUACAAAUACCGCUGCAACCAGUGUAGCCUGGCCUUCAAGACUGUGGAGAAGUUACAACUCCAUUCACAAUAUCAUGUGAUCAGGGCAGCCACAAUGUGCUGUCUUUGCCAGCGAAGCUUCAGAACACUACAGGCCCUAAAGAAGCAUUUAGAAUCCAGUCACCUGGAGCUGAGUGAAGCUGACAUCCAGCAGCUAUAUGGGGGAUUAUUGAUGAAUGGUGACAUUAUGGCAAUGGGUGAUCCAACCCUUGGUGAAGAGCAUGGAAGUCUGGGAGAGGACGACAGAGAGGGAGAUGAAAGUGAUCCAGAGGAAAAACAAAGUCCAACAGGCAGUGACUCUGGCUCACUGCAGGAGGAUUCAGGAUCUGAACCUAAACGUGCUUUGCCGUUCAGAAAGGGCCCUAACUUUACGAUGGAAAAAUUCUUGGAUCCAUCCCGUCCUUUUAAGUGCACUGUCUGCAAAGAGUCUUUUACACAGAAGAACAUCCUUCUGGUUCAUUACAACUCUGUCUCCCAUCUACACAAGGUGAAGAGAGCUCUUCAGGAGUCUACUACUGGUCAACCUGAGCCUACCAGCAGCCCUGACAACAAGCCAUUCAAGUGCAGCACUUGUAAUGUGGCCUAUAGCCAGAGUUCAACUUUGGAAAUCCACAUGCGCUCUGUUUUACACCAGACCAAAGCUAGGGCAGCCAAACUUGAAGCAGCAGGGGGAAUCACAAGUUCUGCAAGUGCUACUGGUUUAAGCAGUGGAGGGUCUGGCGUGAGCACUUCGACAUCUAGCCCAAGCCCAGCCAGCAACUCAAAUACUAGCUCUACCAACCACAGCUCUUCUGGGAGUCAAGCAGCUCAGAAUAUUCUUGGAGGAAACCACACAAACCAGACUCACAGCACUGAAAGCCAGGGAAAUUCCUCAUUGAGCUGCCGCUCCUCACCAUCUGAGAACCAUGAAGUAAAAAAGUCCAAAUUUUCAGAUAUCCUCUCUGCUAGGGGGCAACAGCAACAGCUUCAGCAGCAACAGCAAUUGGCUCAGGCUCAAGCCCAAGCUCAGGCACAGCUUCAACAAGAGCUCCAGCAGCAAGCUGCUCUUUUACAAUCACAGCUUUUCAACCCAGCACUUCUGCAGCACUUCCCAAUGACAACGGAUGCACUUCUGCCUCUGCAACAGCAGCAGUUGCUGUUUCCUUUCUAUAUCCCUGGAGCAGAGUUUCAACUAAAUCCUGAGAUCAGCAUCAGCAGUUCAGCACUUGGCCUAGCUGGAACCACCAGCUCUUCACUGCUCGAAGAUCUUAAAAACUCAGCCCAGCAGAGCUGCUUGCAGCAGCAAUUGAUGCACCACCACCUUCAGCAGCAGCAGCAACAGCAGCAGCAACAGCAACAGCAGCAACAACAGCCUCAUUUGCAGGUUCAGAGCCAAAUGGCAUUGCUGCAACAAAGUGCAUCUCUCCUCCAGCCGGUUGAAUUAAAGCAGAAACCUCCCUCCUCUCAGAGUGAAAAGGACAGAGAAAUACAAAGAGAGAGGGAUGCAAGUGAAAAAAAUGAGGACUAUGUAAAUAAAGAUUCUGCAGACAGCAAGCCAAAAGAAAAGGACAGUCAGCAUAUUUCAAUAAACAUAAACCAUGAUACUGGCUUGCCUCCACCGAGGAUUGCUUCAGAUGCUCGAGGAAAUGCAACUAAAGCCCUGCUGGAAAAUUUUGGGUUUGAGUUAGUAAUUCAGUACAAUGAAAAUAAACAGAAAGCUCAGAAAAAGACAGCUGGACCUACUGGAUCAAGUGGUCCAGGUGGAAUAACAAGAGUGGUGGACCCCAUUGGGGGAUUAGAGAAACUGGAAUGUGAAGCCUGUGGCAAGCUUUUUUCAAACAUCCUGAUUCUGAAGAGUCACCAGGAGCAUAUCCACCAGGCUUUCUUUCCAUUCCGAUCCCUUGAGAGGUUUGCCAAGGAAUACAGAGAACAUUAUGAUAAACUCUAUCCACUGAGACCUCCUACACCAGAGGCUGCUCCAGCUCCACCACCACCUCCACCUCCACCACCUCCUCCUCCGCCACCCCAAAGAGCUCCCACACCAAAUAUUCCUGUGUCUGCGGCCUCACUCACACCUCCAACCGUACCACCCCCACAGCCACCAGUUACAAUGACACAGAUACCCAUGCCAAUGGAUUUGCCCCUCUUCUCACCGCUUAUGAUGCAGCCCAUGUCCCUUCAGUCCUUGCCUACUCAGUUGCCUCCCCAGUUACCAUCUGUUGAGCCAAGCCUGGCCUCAGACCUGGCCCAGCUCUACCAACAGCAACUUACACCAGCCAUGCUGCAGCAGCAGCAGAACAAGAGGCCACGGACACGCAUAACCGAUGACCAGCUUAGGGUCCUACGACAGUACUUUGACAUCAACAAUUCACCAAACGAGGAGCAGAUCAAAGAGAUGGCAGACAAGUCGGGGCUUCCACAAAAAGUGAUAAAGCACUGGUUCAGAAAUACCCUUUUUAAAGAAAGGCAGCGCAAUAAAGAUUCACCAUACAAUUUCAAUAAUCCACCAACAACAACUCUGGAAGACACUAAAGUUGAUUCCAAACCUCCUUCUCCUGAACCUCUGAAACAAGAAUUAUAUGGAAGCAAGAGAUCAUCCAGGACUAGGUUUACUGACUACCAGCUAAGAGUUCUGCAAGAUUUCUUUGAUGCCAAUGCUUAUCCUAAAGAUGAUGAAUUUGAACAGCUCUCGAACCUUUUGAGCCUCCCCACCCGUGUCAUUGUUGUGUGGUUCCAAAACGCACGCCAGAAGGCAAGGAAGAAUUAUGAAAAUCAAGGUGAUGUAGGAAAAGAUGGUGAAAGAAGAGAACUGUCAAAUGACAGAUACAUUCGCACAUCUAAUCUGAACUACCAGUGCAAGAAAUGUAGCCUGGUUUUCCAGCGUAUAUUUGAUCUGAUAAAACACCAAAAGAAGCUGUGUUACAAAGAUGAAGAUGAGGAUGGACAGUAUGACAGCCAAAAUGAGGAUUCAGUUGAUUUUUCCAAUGAAUGUUAUACUCCCUCUGGGUCUUCCUGUCACACCCCAAUGCCCUCCUCUUCGAGUCUCUGCCCACUUCCACCCACGACUUCAGCAUUCUCACACCUCCCUUCCUCCGAAAAAGACGAGGCAUCACCAGCAACCACCUCAAACCUCUAUGAUGAGAAGCCCAAGCAGUUACCAGAAAUAACUGCUGAUCCGCGAGAAAACCAAACCUCCAUUAAGCAAGAAAUUGUGCACCAACCGCAGUCUGAGGCACAACACCAGAGACCUCAGAGAGAAGAGAAGAUCCAAAAUGUUUCUAAAUCCAUCAAGCAUUCAACUCCUUCCUUUUCUCAGCAACAACAGCAGAGCGGUCUGUCAGCCUCUCAGACAAGCCAGGCUUCAUCGCAAAGCUCUCACAUGAGCCUCAAUCAACACCUGGCCUCUGCCACACAACAAAUGGCACAGCAGAUGAUCCCAUACCAGUGUGAACAGUGCAAGAUUGGCUUCCCCUCCUUUGAGCACUGGCAGGAACACCAGCAAUUACACUUCCUUUCUGUGCAAAAUCAAUUCAUCCAUCCGCAAUUCCUCGACCGUCCAAUUGACAUGCCUUUCAUGCUUUUUGAUCCCAGCAAUCCUCUCCUGGCAACCCAGCUAAUCUCUGGGGUGCCACAAAUUCCAAGCAGUUCUGCCACCUCUCCGUCCACCCCAACCUCCACUAUGAACUCCCUGAAAAGGAAGUUAGAGGAGAAAGCUAGCACUAGCCCAGGAGAGAACGACAGCACAAAUAGUGGAGAAGAGCCACAGAGAGACAAGCGGCUUAGAACCACCAUCACACCUGAGCAGCUAGAGAUCCUUUAUCAAAAGUAUUUAUUAGAUUCAAAUCCUACGCGCAAAAUGCUUGACCACAUUGCUGUUGAGGUGGGUUUGAAAAAGAGAGUUGUACAAGUCUGGUUCCAGAACACUAGAGCUAGAGAGAGAAAAGGCCAGUUUAGAGCAGUAGGUCCAGCUCAGGCUCAUCGUAGGUGCCCUUUUUGUCGGGCUCUUUUUAAAGCAAAAACUGCCCUUGAAGCACACAUUCGCUCUCGUCACUGGCAUGAAGCCAAACGUGCUGGAUAUAAUUUAACUCUCAGUGGUAUGUUACCUGAGCAGGAGAGCAUGCAAAUAAAAAUGGAUGCUCUCGAGACAUCAGGUUACUCCCAGCUGCCCCCCACUGCAAACAGCGAUGGACAAAGCUCCUCCAUGUCACCAGGGAACAAAGGCUUGGACUUGUCUCCCAGGGGUCUACUGAGCCCUUCAUCCAUCAAAGUUGAAGGAAUGGAAGACUUUGAGACUGCCACCAUGUCCUCUAUGAACCUCAGCUUUGAUCAGAGCAAACUUGAUAAUGAUGACUGCUCUUCUGUGAAUACAGCCAUUACAGAUACAACCACAGGUGAUGAGGCUAAUGCUGAUAAUGACAGUGCUGAUGCAAAGCACAGCCACAAUAGUGGAGAUUACCUAUCCAAGUCUGGUGGCACAGCCCCCAUUCUUGAAAAUGAUGACCAGAUGUCCUCAGGACUAGUAAGCCCUGCGACAAGCUAUUAUGCUAAGGACUAUGAAAAUGAAAAUAUGAUUGACCACAGUGAGACGUCGAGUCUGGCUGACCCUUGCUCACCGAGUCCUGGAGCCUCCGGUAGCAGGAGCUUUGAAGAUAGACCCGGCCAAAAGCGCUUCCGAACCCAGAUGACUAAUCUCCAGCUGAAAGUGUUGAAAUCUUGUUUUAACGACUACAGGACACCCACUAUGCUGGAAUGUGAAGUACUUGGCAAUGAAAUUGGACUUCCAAAGAGAGUGGUUCAGGUGUGGUUUCAAAAUGCCCGCGCGAAGGAGAAAAAGGCAAAGCUCAACAUGGCCAAGCACUUCGGGAUAAAUCAGACAUCUUACGAGGGGCCCAAGACUGAAUGCACUUUGUGUGGUGUUAAAUACAGCGCUCGCCUCUCUGUUCGUGAUCACAUUUUCUCCCAGCAACACAUCUCUAAGGUGAAGGAUACAAUUGGCAGCCAGAUCGAUAAGGAGAAAGAAUACUUUGACCCAGCUACUGUCCGCCAACUUAUGGCCCAGCAAGAAAUGGACCGCAUUAAGAAGGCCAAUGAAGUUUUAGGACUGGCACAGCAGCAGGCCAUGCAGCAGCAGGGCAUGUUUGAUAGCCCUGCAAUGCAGGCUUUAAAUCUCCAGUCGGCUUAUCCAAACCUGCAAGGCAUCCCACCUGUCCUUUUACCAGGGGUUGGCAGCCCCUCUCUUUCCAGCUUUAACUCAUCUAAUUCAGCUUUAACUCCUCCAAAACCCUCAAACCUCCUGAACAUGCCUGGUGCCAGUGUCCCCUCACCUAGUCUCCCCACAUCUGGAUUGCCCAACAAGCCUCCCUCCUCGUCGUCUCUUGCUGCAUCCAGCCCAGCCCAGACCAACACGUCUGCUUCCCACUCAAACUCCACCUCCAUCUCCAACUCCACGUCCUCAACCACUCAGUCUGGCUCGCGACCUGAACCUCCCAAAGAACGUGAUGCUGAGAGAGUCAAAGAGAAGGAGAAGGCCAAGGAAAAGACAGAGAAGCCCUCAACUCCAUCAUCAACUGGAAGCACCCCUGCCCCUUCCACUUCUGCUGCCAGCGCCAAAAAGGAGAAACCAGACACAGCUGUUCCUGCCACGUCUAUGCCCACACCUGGAAUGGAGUAUGUGGUAGAUCCUGCCCAGCUUCAGGCCCUCCAGGCUGCUUUGGCAUCAGACCCCACAGCUCUCCUCACAAACCAGUUUCUACCCUACUUCAUGCCUGGCUUUUCCCCAUAUUAUACCCCUCAGAUUCCUGGGGCUCUUCAAGGGGGCUACCUGCAACCAAUGUAUGGUAUGGAAAGUCUCUUCCCUUACAACCCAGCCUUGUCACAAGCACUAAUGGGCCUGUCUCCAGGGUCCCUACUGCAGCAUUACCAGCAAUAUCAGCAGAGUUUGCAGGAGGCACUACAGCAGCAGCAGCGGCAGCUUCAGCAGAUCCAGCAACCCAAGGCGAGCCAAACUCCAGUUCCCCCUCAAACCUUGGGGGAUCGCAAAGAUUCUGCCAAAGAUCCAGUAAAAACAGAGGAGCAAAAGGGCAAUCUGCAAAGUGAACCCCCCACUUCCUCCUCCUCUUCCUCAUCCUCCUCCUCCUCCUCUCAUAAUACAGUACCCUCCGAGCAGAAUGAGAUGGAUGGCAAAGCUGUGGACACCCAUCUAGACCAGUAUAUCGUCCCCAAGGUGCAGUAUAAACUGGCAUGCCGCAAGUGUCAAGCUGUUUUCACCAAGGAAGAAGCGGCUAUUACCCACCUUAAAUCGAACUGCUUUUUCGGUCAGUCUGUGGCAAACCUGCAAGAGAUGUUGCUGCGUGUCCCCGGUGGCGUAGGUGUAGGGGCUGGAAGUCUCUAUGACUGCCUGGCUUGUGACACUACGUUGGAUGGGGAGAAAGCACUCAGUCAACACCUGGAAUCGGCAUUGCACAAACACAGAACAAUCAAGAGAUCAGUCAGAAAUGCCAAAGAGCACGCUACUAGUUUAUUACCUCACUCUUCAGCCUGCUUCCCCAAUCCUAACACCGCAUCUACCUCGCAGUCUGCCACUCAUCCCAUCAGCAGCCCUCCUCCCCCGCCAACAACAUCAGCCACCAUGCCAUCCUCUGCUGUCUCCUCAUCUCUGUGCUCCUCCUCUACUACCCAACUCAACACCACAGCUGCCGGAAAACCCUGGUCCCAGGCCCCUUUCCCCAGAGCUUUAGCUGGGAAGCCCAAUGCUAGUCCCUCCUCUUCUUCCUCCUCUUUUCCUCCAGUGUCCUCACCUUCAACGGUUACCUCAAGUUCAUUGAGCACCUCAGGAGUUCAGACCUCGAUACCAACAGACGUCUUUACCGACGAGUCUGACUCUGACAGCAGUCAGAAGUCAGCAAACAGGCUGGGCAGGACGGCGGAGGAGCCGCAGCAGCCUGGCUUUGUCAAAGACAGUAAUAGUUGUAGUAGUAAUCUUGCUAGUGUAGGAACAGACUCCAUCAGAUUGUAAAAGAGCUUUCAGUGAUGGACAAUAUUUAAAAAACACACUAAAAGACAAAAAAAAAAUUAAAAAAUGACAAAAAAAAGACAUAAAAAGCAGCAAUGUUAAAAAUACAUUAAAAGUAUACAAACCAAUUUCAGAAAAAGAUGUGUAAAGACUAACUGCAAUUCCAAAGCUUGUAACCAAAAAUUUAAAUGUUAGUGGAUUGUUUUCCCAUAUCAACAUGCUGGUUUUCAUUUUUGUAUUUUGUUUUGUUUUGUUUUUGUUUUUGUUUUACUCAACUGAGAUAUACCGAUCAGCCACAGCAUCAAAACCACCUGCAUUAUGUUGUGUUACGUCCCCACUGUGCCAGCAAAAUAGUUUUGACCCAUCAGGGCAUGGACGCUUGACCCUUCGCUGUGUCCUGUGGUGUCUGGUACUGGGAUAUCGGCAGCAGGCUGGGAUUGCAUUGAGAUCUGGGGAGGUCGGAGGCCAAGUUAACACCUUAUAGGUUCUUUGUCGUGUUCCUUAAUCCUGUUGUGUGGUUGGUCAAAAUAUCAUCCGCAUGAAUGCCAAGGUUUCCCAGCAUCACACUGUAACGAGGUUCACCUGUCAGUGGUUUUAGUGUUGUGGCUAAUCGGUGUACAGGCAUACUAAUACGUGAGAACAGAACCGAUCGCUGCAGUCAUGUUUUGGGUAAUGGUGGAGGAAUGCUGUACUGUAUGGCAAUGGACUGCCUCAAAGUUGACAGAUGGCCCAAGAACCCUUUUGAAGAAAUGCAAGUCAACGAGCUGUCCCUUUGUUUUGUAAUAAUUUCUACUUAAUAGCACAGCCACAAAAAGCCAGUAUGUACUGUAUGGGAGAAUAGUCUAUCAGUUUUCUUGCUAUUUAAGCAUUCAGAUACCAAUGGCUUGCAAAAGUGAAAGAAUAAUGUAAUGUCUAUUUUAUUCUCAGGUCAACAGCUCACAGAUGUUUUUCUGUUACAGAAAUUCAUGUUUUCACCUUGUGUUUCCAACAGGAGAUGAGCAUUAUUUUUAUUUUUUUUUUCUUUCUGAACUUGAUUUAAUAAUAGAAAGUUUAAGUUGAAUUCAAUCUUGAUAAGGCAUUGUUUCUGGGCAUUCAAAUAGGGUCAAAUGAUUUGCUGAUUUCAACAUCAGAAAUCCUUUCAAAGUGGGUAGGUUACAGUCCCAGUUAUCCCAUACAAGAAAAGCAUUGCAGACAUGAUAACGGGCGAUGAAUAGUUUUAAUUUAAAAAAAAAAAAAAGAAUGAAUCAGCCUUCUGUAUUUAUAAUAGAUACAAGCAUUUUUGGUGUUAAGUAGGAUGUUGCAUUGGAAACCAAUUUAAACAGUAUGGUAGAAUGGAAGAAAAAACCUUUAUGUACAUUUAGCUUUUGUAUUGUCCAAUUUUAUGACACUUCAUUUGAUGUUGUCUUGGUCAUUCCGAUAGUCUAGAUUAUGGACAGGUAAUUUAUCGAAACUUUAUUUCUGUCUUAUUCUUAACUUCUUGGGAAACAUUAACCCAAAUGCCCCUCCUGACAAGGCAGGAUCCUCUUUUAGCAUUAUUUAAAUUUUAUGAUUUGGUUGGGAUUGCUCUAACCAAAAUGAAAAAGAUAAUGGGUGAAAUAUUGAAAGUUUUAUUUAAUUUAAUUUUUGUGUUACCUUUGUGCACUUAUCACUGUCUGACUCCUAUUUUUCACUCUUUUUUGUUCCUUUCUUGGCACUUAUUUUUCCUCUGCUCUCCUGUGUUUGUAGAUAUGUAUACAAAGCAGGUCUUUUGUUCUUCAUGUAGUGUGGCUACGGUCUCUCUCUUUUUUUUUUUUCUUUUUUUUUUUCAUUUUGACAUUUUUGUUGUCAUAAGUGAAAAUGAAAAAAGAAUACUAAUAAUAAUUCUCACGCUUUAAGACAAAAAGAAAAUCCAAAGACUAAACACUUUCACCAUUGGUGCAUAAAGAUGAGAAAAGAGGGUUCUUUAUACUUGAGAAUUUGUUGCUGUUUUUAGAGGAAAGAAAACAAAGUUUUAAAAGAUAAAGGAGUACGCAUCAGAGUUGCCGUUUCUGCUUCUUUGCAAGCAAACAGGUGGCUUUUUUACGUAAAUACCAAAAACCAAAAAGGGCCCUUGUCCUUGCUUUGUGGAGUAGCACCGUUACAGAGCCAUUGCAGUUUGUAAGAUAGAGGUUAUUAAUCUUUGUUUGACUUUUGUCACAUUCAAAUGUCAAUUUUUUUAAGAAAAUGUAUAAGGUCUGGUCUUCAAGGACAUACGUUUUGCUGCUAAUGUAGAAUUUUGAGGAAAAAAAAAAAAGAGUACCUAGAUGCAUGCUCAUUUUGCUUUUGGCUAAGCUUUAAAAACAAACAAUAAACCAAUUUCUUGCCUCUGCAACACCUUUUUUUUUUUUUCUUGUUGCAAAAACGGAACUUUGAAGACUGUGAAUAUAUGUUCCAAAGGACAUUUUGCCGAUUUUCUUUUUGAAUAGACCAAUGUUUAAAGCCAAUGAUCUAUAACGUUUGUAAAGAACAGUGCAUUCCAAAUAUCACAAUGGAUUUUUAUUAAGCAAGGACUGAUCCUAUUUCAUUUGAUUGCUUUUAAUUGUCACAAUCUAAUUUUUUUUUUCCUCAUUUUUGAAGUGACUGUAAACUGUUGUGUAAAUUUUUUGCAUCAUCGGUUGCUGAAGAAAGUGACCUCCAUAUGUCAUUUUGUGCUGGCAUGGAACAUUGCUGAAAAUCCCUCCAUCCAGUCAAGGUUGUUGCUCACUUGUUAAGCAAGUAAUAGUGGUUACCAAAAAAUGUAUAUAAUACAUCUGGUACUGAUGCGUCUCAUAGGUUUAGUAACAUUUACACCAGUCAACCUACAACUAGUCUCAGAGGGAAAUAAUGGCCGUUUUGCUGAGGUGUUGUCGCUCCCUUUAGAGGGGGGGGUCUACCAGUCACUUGUCGCAUGUGUCUGCAGGGUGCCACUUCCACACAUAGAUUACAGGUUUCUAAGGGACAUCUUCAUUCCAAAGCAUUACGUCUGGAAAAAGUAGGAGGUUUUUUUGAAGAUGUCUCUUGUUUUCAAAUUGUUAGGAUGCUUUUAUGUCCAAAGAAGUCACUUACAUCAUUUUGUUGCAAUGGAAAUGGAUGUGCAUAGGUACCCCGCCCUUCUCCCCGAUAAUAUG